AUGGCUGCCAACAUUGCUUUGAUCACUGGGGGUGCUAGUGGUAUGGGCCUGGCCGUUGCCCAGGAACUAUCUGCUCGCGGAGACAGGGUAUUGAAUAUUCUUGCAAUCAAUGAAACUGCCGGACUGAAGCUUACUCAAUACCUACCCCGUGUCGUCUUCCACAGUGCAAAUGUGACAAAUUAUGGCGAGCUAUGUGAUACUUUUCAAAAGUCCUUCUUAGGUUGUGACAGACUCGACUUCGUGUUCGCCAGUACGGGGGUGAUUGAACGGACAUACGCUCCGGCACCCACUGAAUUGAAAGGAGUGGUUCCUACCACUUGGUUGGCACAGCACUAUUUCUGUCUAUCGCCUCACAAGGGGCGUGAUGCCAAUGUGGUGACGACUGCCAGCUGUGACGGGCUCUAUCCAUCUGCCUACUCUCCUCUCUAA